AUGCCUACGACUCGAAAUGCAUCAAACGGCAGCACCAUAACAACCGCAUCGAACAAACAGCAGACCAUAUUUCGAUUUCCGGAGAACCACCACUUGGUCAUCACCACGGCGCGACAUGUCUUCGCUUGGGAUUCGGCUGGCGUACAUAUAGUCUUCCAGAGCAGUCGAAGCGGCAUUGUCGCCGCCAGAGAAGCCAAAGAUGGGUCGGGUGUACUUGCAGUGGCCAGCAGCAAUGUCGUUGUCAUGCAUGACACGAGGCGAGGGAAGGAAGAAAGCUGGGGAUUGAAUGCACCACUGGACGAGGUCCGCCACAUCGAGUACACGCCGGACGCCAAGUCGCUGUUCCUAUCAACAACUACCGACGGCACGAUUCAGCACUAUAAUACCGAGAGGUCUCGCUUGGUCGAUCCAGCUCAAAAGCAUGAUGCUGUCCCCGUUGCGCUUGCUAUUUCUCCCACAGGACACAUGAUGCUCUCGGCAUCGCAAAAUCCUCCUGUGGUUUACUUGAAGAACUUGGUCCAUAAUACGGCACCCCUGCACAUUCAGCCCAGUGCAUCAAGCGCUGUGGUGUCGGUCGCGGUCUUUCAUCCAGAGCGACAAAAUGUAUUCCUCCUUGCCUUCAGAGACGGUUGCGUUGCUGCUUAUGAUGCCACCCGAAUGGCCAAGAAGGGACUCUUUUCGAAUCAGGCAAGCGUCAACGAUGGAGAGAUUUCACGCAUUGCGAACGUCCAUCGCGCUAUUGUGUCGGGGGAUGACUUAUUCGACAUUGCUGCUCCAGUUGCUGGAGCUGCAUUUUUGCCAGGAUACAAGACGAGAGCUGUCACUGCUGGUCGGGAUGGAAAAUGCAAAAUCAUUGACUUUGCCAAUGGCGGUGCUGUCGUUCGAACAUGGCAUGCCAAGGCCCCUGUCACAUCGAUUUCGGUCCUAGCGCUGAAGCCUACACCUGGUCAUCGAAGAUUGGACUCUGGUAGCGGAAGGAAUCGCUCAUCUGGAGCUCACACAAUUGGUGGGCCUACGAGCACGGACAGUCUGAUCACUGUAAGCCGAGUCGACGGAAGAGUGCAGAUGUACGACAGCUUGGGCCUACUGCUUGCCGAGAAGAACAUCAGCGGCAAGGAGGAGAGGAUCAUAAGCAUCGAGUGGGCGAAGGGUCCAUCGCCUGCAUCGGCCUGUGUCGACUCUCGGCGGCACUUGAGUGAUGACGAACUCGAGACAAUCAACCCAGUAUCGUCGCAACGAGCGCUCCUGGAACAAGAGUUGACUUCUCCAGGGGUUCAUUCAACCGCGACUGGCGAUCCAUCUUCUCAGCAUCUUGGACUGCCUACUUCUUUGAGAAAAGCCACCAUUUCUAGGCAGCUUACGAUUCAUCCCGAUGAAGAGGUUCUAAGUACCGUUCGGUACACACCUUCGCCGAAGCGGUCGCAGCACCUAGGACCUGCAGGUGUUGAGUAUCAGGAUCUCUUCUCGCCGGUCAAGCAGGACCCGCCCAAAGCCAAGAGUCCCAUCAAGCCUCGCAUCACAAGCCCACCACCUCGAAACCGCCCACGUUUAUCAAGCCAGACAUUCGUCAAGGACCUCGACUCGCAGAAAUCAGCAGGUAGUGCUGCUUCCACCCGGAGAAAGUACUCGCUGUUUCCCUCCACCGAAAGCCAUGCUACCAGUUCUAGUUCUGCGUCCAUCCAAGCUGAGCACAAUCCACGAUCAACGCUCAAACCGCCACGAAGAGCGACGACUGCUGUCUCUCCACUUAGCAAGUCGCAGAGGCACAUCACUUUCGCCAAGACUGCCGAUGGGUCAAUCUCGAGCCGCAGUAGGACUGUCGCUGCUGCUACUCCCGUCAAUCAAAAUGCGAGAGUCCUCGCCGACCUUCGCAAGUUGUCAAAAGAUGGCUCAUCGCAACGAAAGCACGGAACACUUUCCUCAUACGCCACUUCUCAGCUUUCGAGACCGAGUAUCGGCACUCAUAGCACUGGCAUUGUAAACGAGACCACACAUGACGUUGGCGGAAACUCUGAGGCGCAUACAGAGUCCACGUCGUCUUGGUCUCUUCAGGAUGACAGUGAGGAUAUCUGGCUCACGUCAGACUCUGAUGAAGACCAAAGCACACGCACACGACGGCGAAAGCAUCCUGCCCGACCACCCGGUAGGCAGACAUCUCGUUCCAGGAUGGACUCGAAUGGAACUGCCAGCACUGCUGUUAUGCAUCCCGCCUCGUCACAGCUCAAAUCUGCUCCCAUUGAUGGCUCGACGGACGAUGAUGCUUUCGCUACAGCAAGAUCCCAGCUUUCUCCCGCAGCAUCGUUCUCUCCAGCGUCAGAACAAGUCAGGGAACUGUUUCCAAGAUCGUCAUCACUGUCUCCCGCCAAGAAACGAAGCCAACGGAAAAUUGCUCGACGCUCACCUAUCGGGAAAGAAAAUACCGUGACAAGGAUGGCCGUUAACGCAGCUUCCGGGCCACAAACGAGGAGCCCAUGGACAAGAGUCAAAGCAGGCAAGCACGCCAACCCUAUCCAAGUCUACGAGGAUGCAGACGGCGCUGCGAUGUCAGGAGGUUUACCGCGAAGUGAAGGCUUCACCUGUCUCACCUGCCCAGAGACCAAAUCUAGAGUUCAGGGUCUGGAAAUCGAGGUCGCCCAACUGAAAGGCGAGGUCAUUGCGUUGAAGGCGAUUUUGAGGAGGAACGGGCUACCUUUUCCGGCUUGUCUGAAGAAUCGAUAG